GGGUGUUUACUUUCUCCGAUUUCAACGACUUUGCCACGCGCGUGUAGGCGUGAUGCUGGGACUGACAGUGUUGAUCGUGUUCUUGGCAGGCUGUCAGAAAUCUGAGAUGCUGCAAUGCUACGACUGCGGAGGAUCACAUUUUCUGACUUUCCCUACAUUUAGCUGUAGUGCUUGUACAACAAUAACAUGCUCCGAUGCGACAUCUCAAUGUCUAACCGAAGUUGACAGCUCGACACCUCCAUUUCCUCGAGUAAUUAUCAGUUGUGCCAAAGAUUGUACACCAACCGAGUCAGGCACUCUAUCAAUAAAAUGCUGUUCUUCAAAUCUGUGCAAUCGAGAGAAAACAGACUGUCCAACUCCACUCAGUGAUGCUACACCAUUGAAUUCAUCCAGUGAGGCCACUAUGACAUCUGCAGUUGUGACAUCUGCAGUUGUGACAUCUGCAGUUGUGACAUCUGCAGUUGUGACAUCUGCAGUUGUGACAUCUGCAGUUGUGACACCAGCAGUGAGUAGCUCACAUAUGCCUGAAGGAUGUACAGGGAAACCUGGAGCAGCAAAUCAAGCACACGAGGCUUUUCUUAUCUUAGUGUUUUGCUGUUUGGUAGUUGCUUUCAUCCUCUAGCUCACCAGCACUAAGUUAGCAGGGCUUUUGAUAUUAAUUAAACGUAAAUCAGUGUGGAAUAUUGAGAUAUGGCACUAGAGUGUCUGUCUGGUUUGUAGGCUUGUAACGAAGUGACUAGGUAUGCAGUACUAAGUCACGUGCACAUGUGACGCAUCACGUGAUAGACAGAUUGAGUUUUGA